CGGACCAAGACCAGGUGCAGAAGCAGACGAUUAUGUCAGUUCAGUACUUGUUAACUGUAAUGAGGAAAUGUGAUUAUGGCAAUGCUUGAAUCGGUUUGUGUUUGUGAAAAUUUUAAAGUUACAAGUGAUAAACUGUGGAGAAGUGAUAACCCAAUGUCUCCAGAAAGAAUAAGACAUGUUCCACCAAAUACUGAUACGGUUCAAACCAAACCGUUUCCAAUUAGAGAGCCAAGAGGUUUCAGAUCCAAAGUGCUCAUUGAAAUGUGGGAGAGAGCUAACUACGUGAACAGUCCCCAUGUGAUAUGUAUGGUUGGUCUGCCUGCACGGGGCAAAACAUACAUCGCUACAAAGCUAUCAAGAUACCUAAACUGGAUAGGGAUCAACACUAAGGUUUUCAACCUUGGAGAAUACAGACGCCACUGGACCUCAAACGGGAGUCUAGAUUCCUACCGAGAGGAAGUGAUUAAUUGCAGAUCUGAAAAUGUGUUCAACUUGGGAGAGUAUCGAAGACAUGCUACAACAGCCUACAAGAGCCAUGAGUUUUUCCGUCAAGAUAACGAGGAGGCAAUGGCCAUCAGAACACAGUGCGCCAUCAACGCACUUAGUGACGUCUGCACCUGGCUGGAGAACGGCGGAGAAGUGGCCGUUUUUGAUGCAACAAACUCCACGAUAGAAAGGAGACAAAUGAUUCACAACAUUGUUGUCAAAAAGAUGGGAUACAAGCUGUUCUUUGUGGAAUCCGUCUGUGAUGAUCCGUCUAUCAUUGAGACCAACAUCAUGGAAGUAAAAGUGAACAGUCCAGAUUACAAGAAUAUGAACACUGACAAAGCGCUGCAAGACUUUCUGCAACGUAUCGAGCAUUAUCAGGAGAGGUAUGAGCCUCUAGAUGAACAGCUGGAAACGUCACAGAGCUUCAUGAAGAUCUACAACACAGGGGAGAAAGUGGUUGUACACAAACACGAAGGUCACAUACAGAGUCGCAUUGUCUACUAUCUGAUGAACAUCCACAUCGUACCUCGCACCAUCUACCUAACUAGGCAUGGAGAGAGCGAGCAAAACUUGGAAGGUCGUAUUGGAGGAGACAGCAACCUAUCACACCGUGGUCGCCAAUACGCAGACUCCCUCUCUGCGUACAUCGCGCAGCAGGACAUUCCCGGUCUGCGUGUGUGGACAUCAUGGCUGAAACGUACCAUACAGACUGUUGAGAAAGUGAUAGCGCCACAGGAACGGUGGAAAGCUCUUAAUGAGAUUGAUGCGGGUAUCUGUGAGGAGAUGACGUAUGAGGAAAUUGCAGAGAAGUACCCUGACGACUUUGCUGCUCGAGACCAAGCAAAGUUCACUUAUCGCUACCCUCGUGGUGAGAGUUACGAGGACCUUGUUGCUAGGCUUGAACCUGUCAUUAUGGAGUUGGAGAGGCAAGGCAAUGUGUUGGUGGUCAGUCACCAGGCUGUCAUUCGCUGUCUGCUUGCUUACUUCCUGGACAAGUCUGCAGAUGAGUUGCCGUAUCUACAAGUUCCACUCCACACAGUUAUCAAGCUGACACCUGUCGCAUACGGCUGCAGAGUGGAGCAUAUCAAUCUGGGAGUCGAAGCUGUCGACACUCACCGAGCCAAACCUCCCGGCUACAAAGAAGACCCCUAGCGAAGAAGGCCCUAAAGAGGAAAAUGGCCUCGUUUAGUGGCCGAAACAAACACACCUCCCGCAUUAACGUUAUAAUUUUUCAUUAGAAAUCGUAUGUUUUGUAAAUAUCAGUGCUGGAUAUGCAGGGAUAUUUGUUUUGUUAAUUUAAGUCGGAUGAAAAGGUUUGAAACCAAAUGUUAAUUUGAAUGUUGUUACCUAAUCCAAUAAAUAUACUUUUUCAAAUGUAAUUUAAAAUUAUAAAACUCCUUAAUGAUAACUAGGGUUUUUAAAUAAAUCUUAAAAUUGGGGAAACGCCGUGAAUGGUGUGACUAUAUGAUAAAUUCUUGUGAUUAAUUGAUAGUAACCGUUUGAAUGAAAAUCCUUAACAUUAUGUAAAAUAGGUAAUUUUGUAUUUUGAAUUUUAACACUCUCUUUGGUGCUACACAAACAUACAAUGAUAACAUUCAAACACAUUAAUUCAAUUGCCUUGUAUUCCUGAAAUGUACUGAUUAAAAGGCUAUUGCUUCAUUAAUUAACUUCAUUGUUAAUUAUAUAGUUUUAGGUAUUGGUAAAAUAUUUAUUUGUCAGUCCAGUGUAAAUCCGUGCAAUAUAAGCUAGAUCAAUGUACUUCAUUUCAGUGUUGGCUCAAAGUGGAUGUGUAUACUAUACAUAUUGGGCAAAAUAUCACAAAAUUGUUUUGUAUCACUGACUUAAUGUAAAUUGUUGUUAUUGUACGAAAAAUACAUAACGGUUUGUAUCCUACUCUAUGCAUAAUGUUCUCAAGAAACAUGUGUUGUGAUAAUUUUGGUGCUAUUAAACACAAGUGACAUUUAUUUAUUGUUUUAUAUGAAAUUAAGCUAGUUACUCUUGACAAUCAAAAUUACUGUCAAUGUAUAUUACAUGUUUUAUAUUGACUAGUAAAAAAGAGUGCAAUAUUUUGAACAUUUUACCAAAACAGUUUAUAAGUAAUUCUUUGUUUAUCUUUAAGUAUAUUAUUUCCAUUUUUUUUUUAAAUUUGAUUUUAGUUAAACUUUAGAAGUUCUUUAAUUUUAAAGCUGUGUGAACAAGGUUUAUUUUCUGAUAUGUUUAGUAUUUCCACCCAAAAUUUUCAUGUAAAGUCUGUUUGCUAAGCAGCUGGCAGAGAGUCGGUCCUACUCAUGACACAAACAGCCCUCACACACAGACGCAAGGGACCAUUGACGUGCCAUGUGAGCCAUCACUGGCUCAUAGAGAUUUAAUAUUCUUUUUUUAUAUUUUUAACUUUGUUAUAAUAGUAUAUUUCAUCACUAGGGCCUAAAGUGACUCUUUUCAACCCAAGCUCGAGGUCGGAAAAUGAGCGAAGAUUGAAAAGAAACUUAUUGCCCGUGUGAUGAAUUAUAUGUUUCAUCAUAUUGCACCAAACAAACUAUGUUACAAAACUAAAAUAGUUUUCAUUUAAAGUGAACCUCUCAAAACUACUUCAUACUUGUUUUCUUUCAAUUUAAUUGGCUAAUGGAAUCAAUCAGCUGUUUAGUAAGUGAUUCAUUUGUUUAGUCUAUUACGAUUGUGUUAGUGUACAUUAUACCAUCAAUAUGUCAAAGUAUUUACAAUAAGCCAACAAUUAACUACAUUCGAUUAAACAAUCAAUACAUCAUUCCGAUACAUACAAUUUUUUUCAUCAAAAUUUACUAAUGAUUUGACUACAGCUGAUUUUUACUCUCUAGGGGCUAAAACGCUUCUUACUUAGAGAGUAAAAAUCCUACUUUAGACCCGCAACGCAUGCGUUAAAAACGGCUCUUUUGCUGCAGUAUGACAAAAAACAAAUCGAUACUUUUGACUAAAGCUCAAAAUGAUAAGUAAACUGAUACCAAACAAUAUUUUGCUUAAAUAAUCUAGAGGUUAUUAACAUUUUCAUCCCGAUUCUAAAAACUACUUGUCAUAGUCACUUCUUCGUGUUUGGGCUCACUUUUUAUGGAAUCAAACUAAAAAUGCAGUAACUCACGGCAUUUCAUUGUUUACCUAACAUGAAACUAAUUGUGAUUUUGAGGUAUCAUACAAAAGGUGUAUUUUAGGUUAUAUUUCUAGGUAGUGAAGGCAAUCGGGCCUUUCAGGUAAUUAGGUAGGUAAUCAACUCCCUUGCUGGUAGGGCCGAGCUCGCUGUACUCACUGAGCAAACAGACUAUAAUUUCUGAGCCCAUUUUUGUUAAGGAGCUCAAUUAAUUUAUGUUUAUUAAUUUAUGUUUAUCCUGAUGUUAAGAAACUAAUAAAAUGAAACUAUUCAUUAUUGAUACUGAUUAUAUAAUAGAUCACAUGGUGGGGAUAUUGUCCCUUAUGAGUUUAUCUCUUCUUUUUAUUGAUUGGGUUUUUGUUUGUUAAUUGUUUUGUUAACUCUUAGAGAUAACCGGCUGUACUUAAUUUACAUGUUUUGCGCAAUAGAAGUUUAAUUUCUUUUUCAAGAGCUAAAUCUUUUUCAAACAAUGUUUAGGCUAAUGUUUGGUCUUCUUUAGUGGUCCUAAAUGAUUUUUAGUCAUAAUAUUAUGUUCCUUACAAAAUUUACCUAACUAAAAAAUAUGAUCUCUUUUAUUGAGUAUUAGCUGCCUAAUUUUAAUUAUUUUAGAAAUCUUUGACUAUAAUUAAUUAAAUAAUUGCUCAGAUAUGUUAUAGUCUUGAAUGUAAUACAGUUGUGGUUAUGGUAAGACAACUUAUUUAAUAAUUUUAUGUAAUCAUCAGAGUAGUUUAAGGUUUUUCUUUGUUUGA